AACACAGACUAACAACAACAACAACAACAACAACAACAACAAGCAGCUCAUUGUUGCAGCUGAGAUGAUCCACAGUCUGUUCCUCAUUAAUCACACGGGAGACAUCAUCCUGGAGAAACACUGGAAGAGUGUCAUCGGCCGCAGUGUGUGCGAUUACUUUUUUGAGGCCAAGGAGAAGGCAGUGGACCCGGAGGAUGUGCCCCCCGUCCUGCAGACCCCACACCACUAUCUCAUAUCCAUAUACAAGGGCAAGCUCUUCUUCCUGUCCGUCAUCCAGACCGAAGUGCCUCCACUGUUUGUCAUCGAGUUCCUGCACAGAGUGGCAGACACGAUCCAGGACUACUUCGGAGAGUGCUCAGAGGGUGUGAUCAAGGAUAACGUGGUGACCGUGUACGAGCUCCUGGAGGAGAUGCUGGACAACGGCUUCCCACUAGCAACAGAGUCCAAUGUCCUGAAAGAGAUGAUCAGGCCUCCCACCAUCCUGCGAUCGGUCGUCAACACUCUCACAGGAAGUAGUAACGUUGGAGAUACGCUGCCAACAGGUCAAUUGUCCAACGUACCGUGGAGGCGGGCUGGUGUGAAAUACACCAAUAACGAGGCGUACUUUGAUGUGAUAGAGGAAAUAGAUGCCAUUCUGGACAAAUCAGGUACUCCAGUAUUCGCAGAGAUCCAGGGUGUGAUUGAAGCCUGUGUGAGGCUCACUGGGAUGCCCGACCUCACUCUGUCCUUCAUGAAUCCUCGUCUCCUCGACGACGUGAGUUUCCACCCCUGUGUUCGGUUUAAGCGCUGGGAGUCGGAGCACGUCCUCUCCUUCAUCCCGCCGGACGGAAACUUCACGCUCAUGAACUAUCAUGUCAGCACUCAAAAUCUCGUGGCCAUCCCGGUGUACGUAAAGCAGAGCAUCAGCUUCUUUGAGACGGGACCUUCUGGUCGCCUGGACAUCACCGUCGGACCCAAGCAGACGAUGGGGAAGACGGUGGAGAGCAUGAAGGUCACUAUCCACAUGCCUAAAACUGUGCUAAAUGCCAACCUCACCGCCUCGCAGGGAAACUACACCUACGACCUCGCUACCAAGGUUUUGGUUUGGGACAUUGGAAAACUGAACACUCAGAAGCUUCCUAACCUGCGAGGCAGUCUGAGUACGCAGGUUGGGGCCCCGAAACCUGAAGAUAACCCAACACUCAACAUUGACCUGAAGAUACAACAGAUGGCCAUAUCAGGUCUUAAGGUGAGUCGUCUUGACAUGUACGGAGAGAAGUACAAGCCAUUUAAAGGGGUCAAAUAUUUGACUAAAGCUGGGAAAUUCCAAGUGCGGACCUGAGCGAUGACUAUCAACACCCAAAGUUCAACAAUCCAACGUGCCAAAUAGAGGGAACGGUUUUUACCUCACGGAGUCAGCCCUCCAAAAAGUCUUACAUCUUCCUCUGGCUCUUUGUAAUUAAAGGUCACAUAUUAUAUUCCUUUUCGAGAAGUUUAAAUAAGCCUCAUAGGUCCCCAAAACAUGUCUGUGAAGUUUCUUGCCAUACAUUCAAUUUGUUCUAUUCAAUCAUGCCUAUAAACCCCUCUAUUUCAGCCCUGCUCAGAACAGGCUGUUUCUGUGUCUGUACCUUUAAAUGUAAAUGAGCUGUGUUUGACCACGCCCCCUCUCUGGAAGGGCUUUGGUGGCUUGGGCUUUCUUGCAUCAUGCCCUAUUGUUUACAGUGAGAAGGCAGACUCAGAGGGGCAGAACAAACACCUAGCUGUGGGAGUGUCACCCACCUUGGGGGAGGGGUUACAGCCCUUUGUGAUGUCACAAAGGGAACAUUUUCUGAAAAGUGGAACAGGCAAAAGACAGAAAGGGUGGACUUUUCUCACAAUUGGCUGGUUUGUAGACAGGCUAAGGACACAUUAGUGUUGGAAAAAACAUAGUAAAGUGUAUUUUGCAUAAUAUGUGACCUUUAAUGAAAUAUUUUGCAUUCUAACAGUUAUUUAUUUUGUUUUUGGCAUUACGUUUCUACGCCUGGAUGGUGUUUGUGGCCUGUAAAGGGAAGCCUUAAUAACCUAUGUGACCUUGUUGAAGUGCUAUUAGUUUAAAUGUGUUGCAUUGUAUGAACCAUUUCUCUUUUGUUUUUUCUUUCUUUUCUGUCUAACACUUUCUGAGCGUUGCCUAAGGGGAAUAUUUUGGUUUGAAAAGGGACACUCACAGCUCACUGCCUUGCUCCUCAUUACUUCUUCAGCACACCUGUACAAUCGUAUUUGCAUGUCGCCUAAGAACAAGCAGCCUUGCCUUUUCCAAGCCUUUUUAAAUAUUAUAAGGUAGCAACUUUUAUACAUACAUAUGUUUAUUUUUGUGAAGAUUCUUAUGUCCUAUCUACUUUCUUAGUAGCUGCAGUGUGUCUUAAAGCACCGACUUUAGUGCAUCUAUAUCUGCAUUCACUUGUUAUUGUGGCCUUCUAAGGUGCGUUGUAUAGCACACUACAGCAACAAACUGCAUGCUUUGGAGCCUGAGGGAAGAUGUCUGAAUAAUAUACCUUAAAUCAAAGGUACAUAUCUUGACUAACAGAUGUUGACCAACUCUCCACAAGGCCUAGAUCCAGGCUAAUAUGUUUUUUUUCGAGAACAGUUGUGUAAAAACAGAUACUCACACAAUCUUGAAUGCAACCUCUUCACUCAGCACAAGAUUUGCACAAUCGGUUGUCCACGUGAAAAAUACAACUCAAAGCACGUGUGGAGUUAAAUAUAUAUUUCAGUGUAAAAGAUGGCUUAUAAAAAGCUUUAAAACUGA